GUAAGGAAUCGCUGCCUGCUCUCAUCGAUAGCUGUUGUCAGAUCCAUUGCAGCUUCUCUGAACCAAGACAGAAGAAAGUUACAUUGCAGAUAUGUUUUUGUCGGCUGCUAUUCAGUCUGCCGUUUCUCGUUCGGCGAGGCAGAUUCGGUACCUGCAUCAGACAGCAGUGCGUUCUGGAGGAGGUGGAGCACUGUUUGUGCACAGAGACACUCCAGAGAACAACCCAGACACCCCAUUUGAAUUUACACCUGAAAACCUAACGAGAAUAGAAGCCAUCAUGUCUAAUUAUCCAGAGGGACACAAGGCAGGGGCUACAAUCCCAGUGCUAGACCUGGCCCAGAGGCAAAAUAAUGGAUGGCUGCCAAUCUCUGCAAUGAACAAGGUAGCUGAGGUACUGGAUAUGCCACCCAUGAGGGUAUACGAAGUAGCCACAUUUUACACAAUGUUUAAUCGCCACCCAGUGGGCAAGUACCACAUUCAGGUGUGCACAACCACACCAUGCAUGCUUUGCAACUCUGAUAGCAUCCUGGAAGCCAUCAAGAACAAACUGGGUAUUAAAGUUGGAGAAACAACACCUGACAAACUGUUCACCUUGGUCGAAGUGGAAUGCUUAGGUGCCUGUGUAAAUGCUCCUAUGGUUCAAAUCAAUGACAACUAUUAUGAGGAUCUUAAACCUCAGGACAUUGAACAAAUUCUUGAUGAUCUGAAGGCAGGAAAAGUACCAUUACCUGGUCCAAGGAAUGGCCGUUUCUCCUGUGAACCAGCUGGCGGGCUGACUUCCCUGACAGAACCACCCACUGGGCCUGGCUUUGGCGUGCGACCAGACCUUUAACUGUUUUAAAGAUCUAUUUGAGAUGAAUAAUACACCUUUUAAAUGUGGGCCUGAACAUUAAUGGUGUAUCACAUGUUAAUGAAAGACUACAGUGCAAACAUGCUGUCUGUGUAUAUAUUAAACACUUUCCCCCUAUAAUUAUGUAUUUUCUAAUUAAGCGUUAACGACCAAUGUGGAGGCCCUUAAAGCACACAGUGCUAACAAAAUAAUUCCAGUAAAGUUAUCCCAAUGUAAAACCAGAUCUCACUUUCAAUGUCACCACACUGUGCAUUUUUUUUUAAAUGUUAUACUGUAGUAAUUGAGGAACAAAAAAAAAAAAGUGCAAUGUCCUUGCAGUUAUAGUUCUUGUAAAAAUGGGGGACAGGGGACUAUUUAUACAAAUUAUGCUAAUUAGUACUACUGAAGAUUCAAACUUUUGUUUGUAAUGUGUUCCGAACCUUUAAAGGUCAAAAUAUACCCCUUGUUACAGCCCUUUAACUUUUCUCGACGAAUUGUGUUUCUGCACGUUUCAAUAUGCAUAAUAAUGAGCCGAUCGAUUUGAUAGCUUAGAAAAACAUUCACAAUUGUAAAUAAAAAAAAAAAUUACAGUCUGUAUCUAGGGCAAUGUAAGACUUGCAUAGUGAUGGCAGUAUAUGUUAAGUAAGAUUUAAUGCUGUUAUUUUGUUAGCUCUAUGUUUCUAAUCUUUUGUAUAGGUUGUAUCAUUUUUUUCCCCAAAUACACAUUUAGAAAUCCCAGUUUA